UGGGGGGGGCUUUGAGCUAUCCCUAUACUGAAUGUUACCGGUCGCUGAUUUAGUUCCCAUUCCCUCUGUAUCCGCACUGACGGCAGAAAUGGCUCAGAUCCUCCCCAUUCGCUUCCAGGAGCACCUGCAGCUCCAAAACCAAGGGGUGAAUCCUGCCAACAUUGGAUUCAGUACCCUUACCAUGGAAUCGGACAAGUUCAUCUGCAUCAGGGAGAAGGUGGGAGAACAGGCACAAGUGGUGGUGAUCGAUCUGAAUGAUCCAACAAAUCCAAUUCGACGUCCAAUAUCUGCUGACAGUGUCAUUAUGAACCCAGCAAGCAAAGUGAUUGCUCUGAAAGCUGGAAAAACCCUACAGAUAUUUAACAUUGAAAUGAAGAGCAAAGUGAAAGCACAUAAUAUGGUUGAAGAAGUGACAUUCUGGAAAUGGAUCUCUUUGAACACUGUUGCCCUGGUAACUGAGACUGCAGUAUUCCAUUGGAGCAUGGAAGGUGACUCUCAACCACAGAAGAUGUUUGACAGACAUGCAAGCUUGGCAGGCUGUCAGAUCAUUAACUACAGGACAGACCUUCAACAGAAGUGGCUGCUUCUAAUUGGAAUUUCUGCACAGCAAAACCGAGUAGUUGGUGCAAUGCAGCUGUACUCUGUAGACAGAAAGGUAUCUCAGCCGAUUGAGGGGCAUGCUGCAGCCUUUGCUGACUUCAAACUGGAAGAGAAUCCUGCACCAUCAACCCUCUUUUGCUUUGCAGUGCGCAGUCAGGCUGGAGGGAAGUUGCAUAUAAUAGAAGUAGGUCAACCAGCUGCUGGAAACCAGCCUUUCACAAAGAGAGCAGUGGAUGUGUUUUUCCCUCCUGAGGCCCAAACUGAUUUUCCAGUAGCAAUGCAGAUUGGAACAAAAUAUGGAGUUAUAUAUCUUAUUACUAAGUAUGGCUACAUCCACUUGUAUGACCUGGAGUCUGGUGCCUGUAUCUAUAUGAACCGUAUUAGCGCUGAGACCAUUUUUGUGACCGCUCCCCACGAACCCACGUCUGGUAUUAUUGGAGUCAAUAAAAAAGGACAGGUAUUAUCUGUCUGUGUGGAAGAGGAAAAUAUUGUUAAUUAUGCCACUAAUGUGCUCCAAAACCCAGACUUGGCUCUGCGUAUGGCUGUAAGGAGCAACCUUGCUGGUGCUGAGGAACUCUUCGCACGAAAGUUUAAUACUUUGUUUGCACAAGGAAACUAUGCUGAAGCUGCGAAAGUAGCUGCAUCUGCACCAAAGGGUAUUCUGAGGACUCCAGACACUAUUAGAAAAUUCCAGACUGUCCCAGCCCAGCCAGGCCAAGCUUCACCUCUUCUCCAGUAUUUUGGGAUACUCCUUGAUCAGGGUCAGCUGAACAAGUACGAAUCACUGGAACUCUGCCGACCUGUCUUACAGCAAGGCCGCAAACAGCUGCUGGAAAAAUGGCUAAAGGAAGACAAGCUGGAGUGUUCUGAGGAGCUGGGGGACUUGGUGAAGACAGCUGAUCCCACACUAGCCUUGAGUGUCUAUCUCAGAGCCAAUGUGCCAAAUAAAGUUAUACAGUGUUUUGCGGAGACUGGGCAAUUCCAGAAAAUUGUUCUCUAUGCAAAAAAGGUUGGUUACACUCCUGACUGGGUCUUCCUGCUGAGAAAUGUUAUGCGGGUGAGCCCUGACCAAGGACUUCAAUUUGCACAGAUGCUUGUCCAGGAUGAGGAACCUCUAGCUAAUAUCAAUCAGAUUGUGGAUGUAUUUAUGGAGAAUAACCUGAUCCAGCAAUGUACUUCUUUCCUAUUGGAUGCUUUGAAGAAUAAUAGACCUUCUGAGGGUCACUUACAAACUCGUCUACUUGAAAUGAAUCUGAUUCAUGCACCACAGGUUGCUGAUGCAAUCCUUGGAAACCAGAUGUUCACUCACUAUGAUCGAGCCCAUAUUGCCCAGCUGUGUGAAAAGGCUGGUUUGCUGCAGAGGGCUUUGGAGCACUAUACAGACCUGUAUGAUAUUAAGCGUGCUGUUGUUCACACCCAUCUUUUGAACCCUGAGUGGCUCGUGAACUUUUUCGGUGCACUCUCUGUAGAAGAUUCCCUUGAGUGCUUGCGUGCCAUGUUGUCGGCUAACAUCCGGCAGAAUCUUCAGCUUUGUGUACAAGUAGCAUCCAAGUACCAUGAGCAACUUGGCACACAGUCAUUGGUGGAACUUUUUGAAUCUUUUAAGAGCUAUGAAGGUUUAUUUUAUUUCCUUGGAUCCAUUGUGAAUUUCAGUCAAGAGCCAGAUGUUCACUUCAAGUAUAUUCAGGCAGCAUGUAAGACUGGGCAAAUUAAAGAAGUUGAACGUAUAUGUCGUGAGAGCAACUGCUAUGAUUCGGAACGUGUGAAGAACUUCCUGAAGGAAGCUAAGCUGACAGACCAGCUCCCACUGAUCAUUGUGUGUGACCGUUUUGACUUUGUUCAUGACCUAGUUCUGUACCUGUACCGCAACAACCUGCAGAAGUAUAUCGAAAUCUAUGUCCAGAAGGUGAAUCCCAGCAGGCUUCCAGUAGUGGUGGGUGGACUGCUGGAUGUGGAUUGCUCUGAAGAAGUUAUUAAAAAUCUUAUCACUGUAGUCCGUGGACAGUUUUCAACUGAUGAGCUUGUGGGUGAAGUGGAGAAAAGGAACAGGUUAAAAUUGCUGCUUCCAUGGCUGGAAGCUAGAAUUCACGAAGGUUGUGAAGAGCCUGCUACUCACAAUGCUUUGGCUAAGAUAUAUAUUGAUAGCAAUAACAAUCCUGAGCGUUUCCUGCGUGAAAACCCUUUCUAUGAUAGUUCUGUGGUUGGCAAGUACUGUGAAAAGAGGGAUCCACAUUUGGCUUGCGUUGCUUAUGAAAGGGGCCAGUGUGAUCUGGAUCUCAUCAAGGUUUGCAAUGAAAACUCUCUGUUCAAGAGUGAGGCUCGCUAUCUUGUACGUAGAAAAGAUCCAGAACUUUGGGCCAAUGUCCUUGAAGAAAAUAAUCCCUUUAGACGACAGCUGAUUGACCAGGUUGUUCAAACUGCCCUAUCUGAAACCCAGGAUCCAGAGGAAGUAUCUGUUACUGUGAAGGCCUUUAUGACUGCAGAUCUUCCCAAUGAAUUGAUUGAACUGCUUGAGAAGAUAGUCUUGGAUAACAAUGUCUUUAGUGAACACAGGAAUCUACAGAACCUACUGAUUCUCACUGCUAUUAAAGCAGAUCGCACGCGUGUCAUGGAGUACAUCAAUCGCCUGGACAACUAUGAUGCUCCUGAUAUUGCCAACAUUGCUAUCAGCAAUGAGCUCUUCGAAGAAGCCUUUGCAAUCUUUCGGAAGUUUGAUGUGAACACCUCUGCAGUGCAGGUUUUGAUUGAGCACAUUGGAAAUCUUGAUCGUGCUUAUGAGUUUGCAGAGCGUUGCAAUGAGCCAGCUGUGUGGAGUCAGCUGGCAAGAGCACAGUUGCAAAAGGAUUUGGUUAAAGAAGCCAUAGAUUCCUACAUCAAGGCUGAUGAUCCAUCUGCUUAUAUGGAGGUUGUGAAAGCAGCCAACAAGAACAAUAAUUGGGAAGACCUAGUGAAAUUUCUGCAAAUGGCUAGGAAGAAAGCCAAGGAGUCCUAUGUAGAGACAGAGCUGAUAUUUGCUCUGGCAAAGACUAACCGUCUGUCUGAGUUAGAGGAGUUUGUUAACGGGCCCAAUAAUGCCCACAUCCAGCAAGUUGGUGAUCGCUGCUAUGAUGAUGGCAUGUAUGAUGCAGCAAAGUUACUUUACAACAAUGUGUCCAACUUUGCUCGCUUGGCUUCCACUCUGGUACAUCUAGGAGAGUACCAAGCUGCUGUGGACAGUGCCCGCAAAGCAAACAGCACCAGGACUUGGAAAGAGGUUUGUUUUGCCUGCGUUGAUGGCCAAGAGUUUCGCCUGGCCCAGAUAUGUGGACUACACAUUGUCAUCCAUGCAGAUGAACUUGAGGAAUUGAUUAGUUACUACCAGGAUCGAGGGUAUUUUGAGGAACUAAUCUCCCUCUUGGAAGCAGCAUUAGGUUUGGAACGAGCUCAUAUGGGAAUGUUUACAGAGCUGGCAAUCCUGUACUCCAAGUUUAAGCCUCAAAAGAUGCGAGAACAUUUGGAACUCUUCUGGUCCAGAGUUAAUAUUCCAAAGGUCCUUCGUGCUGCAGAGCAGGCCCAUCUUUGGGCUGAGCUGGUUUUCCUGUAUGAUAAAUAUGAAGAGUAUGACAAUGCAGUAAUUACAAUGAUGAGUCAUCCAACAGAUGCUUGGAAGGAAGGGCAGUACAAAGACAUUAUUGCAAAGGUUGCCAAUGUAGAGUUGUAUUACAAGGCUCUGCAGUUCUAUCUGGAUUUCAAACCACUAUUGAUCAACGAUCUAUUAAUGGUGUUGUCUCCACGUUUAGACCACACCAGGGCAGUCAGUUUCUUCAGUAAGGUAGACCAGUUGCCACUAAUUAAGCCGUACUUGCGCUCAGUGCAGAAUCACAAUAACAAAUCUGUGAAUGAAGCUCUGAACAACCUGCUUACUGAAGAGGAGGAUUAUCAGGGUUUGCGUACAUCUAUUGAUGCAUAUGAUAACUUUGACAACAUUAUCCUUGCUCAGCGCUUAGAAAAACAUGAACUAAUUGAAUUUAGGCGCAUUGCUGCUUAUCUCUACAAAGGUAACAAUCGCUGGAAACAAAGUGUGGAACUUUGCAAAAAGGACCGUUUAUACAAGGAUGCAAUGCAAUAUACAGCAGAAUCCAAGGACACAGAACUCUCUGAGAAACUCUUGCAGUGGUUCUUGGAAGAGGGCAAGCAAGAAUGUUUUGCAUCCUGCUUAUUCACAUGCUAUGAUUUAUUACGGCCAGAUGUAGUUCUUGAGCUGUCAUGGAGGCAUAACAUCAUGGACUUUGCAAUGCCAUACUUUAUUCAAGUUAUGAGGGAAUAUCUUAGCAAAGUUGAUGAAUUAAUGGAAAAGGUAGAUAAACUUGAUGCUUCAGAUAGCUUAAGGAAAGAUGAAGACCAAGUGACUGAACCAGCUCCACUAGUAUUUGGUCAGCAGUUGAUGUUGACGGCAGGCCCCACUGCAGUUCCCCCUCAGCCUGGUUAUGCUUAUGCUUAUCCAGCUGGCUACGCUCAGCCUGCUUAUGGCUUCAACAUGUAGAGUGUCAUGAGUUGUCAGUUUCACCAUUGCUACCCAAAUCUUCAUGAAAGCAUUUGACCUCCAUAGAGCACAGGAUUAUGGCUGAACACUUCUGCAGCAUGAAGAUUUAUAAAGGACUUCUGUUACUGUUAUUUAUUACACACACUUACAUUUCAACUCUACCUUAAAAUGUAGCUUUUUUUAAAAUUGUAUUUGGGAAAUACAAACUGAGGCACUGAUUUAAAAAUAAGUAAGGAAAGUGUUAACUAGCUUAUUGAAUCUAGUAAUAUUUCCAGUAGACAGCUACCAUUUUUGUUUACAAAGCUGGUGGCUUAGUGCAAUGUGAACUGUAUUUCUUCCCCCUUGCCCACACAUUUAGCUUGGGUGAUGCAUUGAGAUGAGGAGUAAUGGUACUGAAGGCAGUGUUCAAAUGUUCCCUGGAGUUUAUGCUUGGAAUUAACUUCGCUGGUAUCUGCAUGCGUUGCCAAAUAUUUAAUGCUGAAAGUGCAGUUAGUUGAAUGCAGACUUUUCUUUGCAUUCUUUAUUGGUACAGCACUAAAUUCCUGUUUGGCCUCCCUUGUGCGGAAGGGUUCUAGCUUCUAUGGAUGGAGCAUUCUGUUCUGUAUCAGUUUGGGCCCCCAUUGCCAAAAAUGGUCUGUGCCACUGUUAUUAAACAUUUUGUGCCUAAUGUAAAAUUUAUGAUAAGGACCCUUGUUGCUAAUCAUGAAUAUUAGGUUUAAUAGAAUGUAAACCCAAGCGUCAGCACUCUUUGAAGUUUUUUGAAUCUUUAGCAGAACACAUUCUGGCAAAUGGUCUUUAUUGAACAGCAGUUAGUUGGGGGCCAUGUGAUAAUGAGGAUGAGAAUUUGAUUCAGCCCAGUAUGAAAUGCUGGUUAUAGUGAUGACAGUGCAUUUAAAGGGAAAUUGUGCUGUUAAAGUUUCAGCAUCAAAGGUAUUGUGAAUAUUUACUUUGUACAGUUGCGCAAACGUAUUGGUUAGCAAAAAGAAAUGGAUGUGCAUUUGACUUCCCCCUCCUGCUGCCCUCAUGUCAUGUCACCAGAGGGAUUAAUAAAGUUUGCACAUAUAAUUCUCA